CUUAUUAGCUUUUUCAAGGAUUAUUAGUAGACUUUUUUUUCUUCUUUUGUAAGUUAUUGAGUCAUUGAGUAUAGGGUGCGAAAAGGGGUAUCCAUCUCUGAGAACCAGUUUGGUUUCAUGCCUGGCAGAUCGACUACAGAGGCCAUUCACCUUGUGAGGAGGUUAAUGGAAGAGUAUAGGGCUAGGAAGGAGGACCUUCAUAUGGUGUUUAUUGAUCUUGAGAAGGCGUACGAUAGGGUGCCAAGGGAGGUCUUAUGGAGGUGCCUAGAGACGAGAAGAGUUCCCAUUGCGUACACUCACGCGAUUAAGGAUAUGUACGAUGGGGCUAUGACUAGGGUAAGGACCUCCGGGGGCGACUCUGAGUCAUUCUCAGUAGGGAUGGGGUUGCACCAGGGGUCUGCCCUUAGCCCUUUUUUGUUCGCCUUGGUGAUGGACGUCCUAACUCAAGGUGUUCAAGAAGGGGUCCCAUGGUGCAUGCUUUUCGCGGAUGAUAUCGUGCUUAUCG